CCUCUUUUUUAUUUUUAUUUGACCUACCUAUCUAGUUCCUCAAUUUAUUAAUUUACCCUUACUAUACAUCUAAAUUCGAAGUUCCUAUCCAACCCUUUUAAUUAUAUAAAUUAUAAAAUAUUAUAGUCCAUACUCAAAGUACCUAAUUUAAAGUCAUGAUUUUCAACUGUUUCUAAGUUUGUUAAAAUUCAUGUUUCCCAAUUCUCAAAUUUUUUAGUUAAAAAAAACUUUUGACAAUAUUUUCGUUAACCGAUCUUUCAAAUUACCUAUUAAUGGGUAUUUUUCUAGGAAAGUUUGAAUACAAUGACAGUUCACAACUUUCAAUGCAAGAGCUUUAUUUGCUGGAAAAUCAGAAAUUUACACCAUUUACUUUAUUGACGUGCAUGGUUCACAGUUACAACUUACACUUCAAUUAAGUGUGACUGAGGCGAGAGUUGAUCAAGUGUAUGUGGAAGGGUUAAAAAAAACUAAAGACUCAAUACUUGAAUCAUCGGUUAAAUUAAUGUUUACUUCAAAAUCAUUUGGUACUAUAUUAGCAAAUGCGGAAAUAGUACGUAAAAAUCUAAUGAGCUUGAAAUGUUUUGAACAUGUAAAUGUUGAUAUUGAUGUAAGCGAUGCAUCAAACUCCACGCCAUAUGGUUACAAGGUAACUUUCAAAACUCGGGAGCUUAAAUUAUUGUCUGGUGUUCACCAUGUAGAAACUAGUGAUAAUGAAGGUUUUGUGAAAAUUGGAUUUCAAUUAAAUAACUUAACAGGGCAUGCUGAUCACUUUAAGUUAGAAACUUCGCUUGGAAAUAAUGGUACACGGAAUUAUAAUGGUUGUGUUUUUAAAUAUGUUCCAGGAAAAAUAACUUCAUGCAUUUCCGGAAAUAUGUUUAAGAAAAUAUCACAUUGGAAUACUGUUCAUGGUAUAUUUAACGAGUGGGGAACUCUCUUUGAUAUUUGUUUUUUAGCUUCAUUUAAGAAUCACUUUAGUCAAAAUUUGCAAUAUGAAGCUGUCAUCCGUGAUAUUAAUAUGUUAUCAAAAGAGAGUCCAUUUAGACUACGUGAAGAGUCCGGACUUUCUAUCAAAUCAUCAAUAAAACAUAUCACUACGUUAGAUACAAGAGACUCUAAAGUAUUACCGAGUGAAGGUGUGUUCUGUCAAAUGGUUAUGGAAGUAGCUGGCUUUGGCGGAGAUGUUUCUUUUCUGAGAAAUCAUUUCAUUACCCAAUUUUUUUCAAAAAUUAGUAGAGAUGUUGUAUUCCAAGGAUCAUUUGGAGGAGGAUUCUUGACUGAUUUAGGAACAUACAAAAAACCUAAUAUUAUGGAUAAAUUCUUCCUGGGUGGACCAAUGACAUUGCGCGGUUUCCAAUCUCGUGGAGUUGGUAGUUUGAAUGAUGACGCUGUAGCUGGAGCAAUGAGUUACUGGAUAAUGGCUGCCCACAUUUAUGUGAAGCCCAUGUUUGGAAUGGAGAGUAAUAGAAUAAAUGAGGCACUUAGGCUCCAUUUGUUUUGUAACGCUGGAAAUAUAUCAUUUUUAGGUAACAAUACCAAAAACAGCGUUAACAAUAUUUUUAAAAACUUUAGACUCUCUUCUGGCGUUGGUUUAGUGGCUCGUUUAGGCAAUUCAAUUAGGUUUGAAUUCAAUUUGUGUACUCCUCUGCAGUACAUGACUGGAGAUAGGAUAGUUGAUGGUUUCCAGUUUGGAGUCGGAGCUUAUUUCGUUUGAAUUCAAUAUCAAGAGGUAGUUAAUUUACCUAAUUUAAUAACAAUUUUCAACUGAACUAAUUUUUGAAGUAGAUAAACUUACCAUUUUUGUAGAUUAUUUGAUACAUCAGUAUUAUUUCAACUUGUUUUAAUUAUUUAUUGUUCUAUAUUUUGUAAUUUGUUAAUUUUUAGUCGUUACUACUUUUAUUUGUGUAGUAAACAUUUUCCUUUUGACUGAUCUAUGAAAACGUACGUUCUUAGUACUUUAUUUUUAAUUACAUAUUUAUUGUUCUAAUUAUUUAUUUUUUGAUGCUUCAAAUAAAAUUGUUCAAUAUUAUAUUUUUUAUUGAAUGAAUAAAGCAUACAACAGUCACAA